UAUCAUUAAGGGUUAAGAGAUUUGCAGUUUUCCUUUCCCCCAGUUGCAGUUUUGCUCUUCAUUCAUUGUAACGCUUUUAACUUCCUCGCGCGCCACUAUAUGAGGCACGCUUUUUCAUUUUUUUUGAAGCUCUUGUGUCAUUAUUUGCCUGCUACCCUCCGAGAUUUAUUUUUACAGCCCCGUGAUGAUGUUGUUGCUGCUGCAAUUAUCUUGUUGGGAUUUCAACUGAUGAUUUUUUUAGGUGUUGACUGCUGUUUGUGUUUGAUUAUUUUUCUUGAUUAAGUUGUACCCCUGCUUCUUAUUAUUUUUUUCAAUUGAAGGUGGCAAACGCAAAUGUCUUGAGCCCUGUGUAUGAUCAAUCGCAAUCAGUCGUAUUAAGUACUAAAUACCAUUUGAAUUUUUCUUCCGUCGUGUUAGUACAUCUACAUGUGGUCGCGCCACGAUUGUUGCAAACCUCUCGCUUCCCUGUUGUAUUGUUAAUUCUCAUUCUCGUACCCCCGCCAGGCAGGGCCUGUCUCACCUUGCCUUCACUCAGAAAAGCAACUAAAAACCAAUUGGCAAGAACAAAAUGCGCAGUGUAACUCUUCCAGCACCAGCUUCGGAUGAGAAAAACUCCGGAAUUACCCGGAAGUUUUCCAGCAACCCCGUCCGCACGAGAAGACGACAGAGCGCGGUCGCAACAAACAGUAUGACCGGAACAAGGAGCAGAACACGGCCAAUUUUCGCGUUCAUGAAGCUGCCAUUUCUGCUACUAGUGCCCGCUACUUGUUCUAUAUCUGGUGCCGCGCGUGGCGUACAACAACCGCAGCUUUCUUUUUUGAAAACAAUAGCAGAGCAUCAACAUCACCAAUCUAGUACGGGCUCUCCAUCGAGUGAGCAAGCCACCACGCAAGGAGUCACAGGGGGACCUCCACAAGUAGAAGUACGAGGAACUGGGGAAGACCCCACUGAGGAGAUCCUUCGCCAGCCGAAGAUUUCUCGUCCUGUCACACUUAAUACAACAGUUGUAGACCGUGGAGCUGGCAUUGCCGAGUUUCUGGAUUUCGCAUCACGGGAGGAGGAUGCUCCCUCCAAUGCCUCCCUAGUGCUGUCGCCCGGAGCGACAUCAGGCGGAUCGCCCUAUGCAGAAACCGUUGCUCCGACCUCUUCAUCGAAGUCUACAACGCCUAGCGCUAGCAGCCCAGCCCGCGGGAGCAAGAAACUCCGGUCGGUAACAUCCCUUCUUGUGAAGGCAAAAGAAGGACUAGAAGGGCGUGACGUGCAAGUGCAUAGGAGUGCUGGUGCUGUGCAAGAUGUAGUUUAUUGCGGAGAUGAGACGAUUAAUGCGGCGUUCUUACGUCCUCUUGACGCACGACAACGAGCAUCGCCUUUUUAUUUGCAGAAACAGGAACACGAAAAACUACAACAACCCCAGAUCAUGAAGGACGGGCACCAGCGGGCAAGCGGCCAAGACGCGAUCUCCAAUGUUGCAGAUGAUGGUGCUUUCUCGUCUUCUAGCUCCUGCUCGAGCUCGUCUGCGGCGCCUUGCUUUUCCUGGCAACUCGCCUCCAGCCCCGCUCCUUCGCUCAGAACAAGUUCCCCCGCUACUAGUCGUAGCGGAUCGGCUCAAACCAGCCCUGCCUUGACGGCUGCGGUGCGGUCGGAAAAGCAAGACGUCCUUGACCAGGAGGAGAUGGAGAUGGAGGCACAAGCGCAAGGCCACGCGGGCUAUAGACUUGACGCUCCAGCAGAACCCGAUGCCGAUCCCAUCGGCGACCAAUUCAAGGCACUCGACGUUGCGUACAAACACCUGCUUCAAGACGACCGGUGGGUCAACGCGGGCGAACUCCUGGAGAGGCAGUAUCGUCCUGACGCGAGAACAGACUCAAUCGUGGGCACGACGUUUCUCGAGGACCUGCUAAACACUCUGAAGCAGUGCGACACACUCCUCGCGGAAGAGGAGCAGGAACGACAGCUUUCGCUGCUUGGCGAUGACGCGGGCGCGUUGCAGAUGCAUCGUGAGAGAGUCGAAAAGUUGCUCCUGUACGCCUUGGAGCUCCAUCAUUUCAGGGCAGGCUUUGGCAUAAUGGAGCCGAUUUCAACAUCUUCCUGUGAAGGCACUGAGUCAACAAGAACAGCAGGAGGACGCGGCGCGGGCACCGUGGGUACAAGCAGCGGCGGUGCUGCAGUCACAAGUAGUGCUGCUUCGAAGCCGGAUGCUGAAGGCUCUCGACCUCCUCCUGUCGUACAGCAACAGCAAGGUAGUUCUUCUACGGAUGAAGAGUCGCUGUCGCAAUCGCAAAGAAGUGCAAGUACGUCUAAGAGCCACCUGGUAUUUCGGUCUUCAAAUCCCGCCUCGGCUCGCGUGGCGAGCUUGUUGACAGAGUACUUCGUGAAUCUCGAGCGGGAAUUCGACGGAUUGCGCCGCCGGCUUUCCAAUGAAGUUCUGGACGACGAGGAGUUGACCGCUGAGGAGAAAGUGGAGCAGCAGCAGUUCGUCGCGCAUAUGCAUUGCAAAAGUAUCGUACUAGCAUGAAUCGCAAUACAAAUUUUCCCAGAAGGAAAAAUGGAAUUUGUAAUGCUGAUUUCGCUAAGAAACAAGAUUUGUCAUGCAUGGUUGCAAUUAGUACGAGUGCGAUACUUUUGCACAGCAUAGCGCAAGAGGUGUUGCAGCCGAAACUCCCCGCCCAUCAACACCGCCGCCUGGUGCUUGGUCGCGUUUUGUUCCGCGACCUGGUGGAACACGCGCGUCGCCGCCUUGACUCUGCACCCGUUUUCGCCGAGCUCCUGCGGGAUAGACAGGUGAUGUGCGAGGAGUUUUACGCCAGAGUAGACCUCCCUUUAUUGUGCAUCGCGAGACGGGGGCUGCAACUGCCAUGUGACUUGUGCGAACUGGACGAGGGCAGACGCUGGACUGCGGAGCAGAUAGACAAAGAGUGGAAGCAGCUGCACGAACGGGCACUCUUGCGGAGACACGACUGCAACCAGGUGUACGUGAGGCAGGUGCUGGAGAAGCGGAAAGUGGAGUUUCUCCAGGCAAACAUUCUGCAGCAAAUGAUAAUGAGAAAACUGGAGAUAAUAAAACAACAACAAGCUCACACGAUGAAGGACGAAUGUUCGCCGGCACGUGCUGGAGAGUAUUCUGGAAACGAAACUGAAAGUCACGACUCGUGCAUGGUCUCCUCGUUGUGGAACAUGAUGCCCAGCAGAGAAUUUGGUCGCGAACUUCUUGGCAUGCUUUGCCUUGGUGGAACGGCGGUGGAAAGCGACCUGGGCGGCAAACGGUCACAGCAUCGGGACUUGUGUCUGGAACAAGACGUCGACACGGGUUCUUUUACGAACGCGGAGAUGAACCACGUGGCGGCUGGCUCCUCGCGGGGGCGCGACGAGGCGAAGAAUUGUGAUGAAGACCAGGAGCAGAUGCAGAUCGACGAGGAAGAGUCUGACCGGUUUCCCGUGUUUUCAUCUUGGGAACAUUUUUGCGACGCACGCGCGCGGUCACCCGACCCGAUGAGUCCGCUCACGCUUUCGCAGAUGAUCGAUGGCAGGGACACCCCGAAAGCAGGACCGCUUGAUGAGGCCUUGCUGUAUCUGACGCGAGUGGUGCGUGCGGGGCAGAAAGCUGCAGGACGACACUCCUCGUCGGAGAAAGACGGUGAAACUGUAGGAGAACAAGCCGGUGGCUGUGACGAAUCCAUCGGCAUCGCUGCGGUGCUUGACGGUCUUCGAUGCCUGCAAAUCAAUACAUAGCCAUGACAGCUAGCGAAAAUUAUAAGUCAAAGCAGGAAGAAAAUUAACAUAUAAGAAGUAUCAUCAAAAACAAAAUCAUGUCCUCGCUGCUAGUCGUCCAAGCGCUCGCCUCAUAGACGACUGAAGAGACUCCCAUGUCUGAGUUGUGGGAUGAUUUUUGAAGAGACAAAUUCUCAGGCACAACAGCAGCAGGAGAAGAAGAGGCAAAACCAAUGAAGCAGCAGACCCGACGCCGACGAGCUUUUCACUCCCGCUAAGAUACUGCGCUCAGUCGUGUCAAUGCGAUUUCUGUUGCACGAGUGUCACUUCUCUCACUUCUCCGAGCUAGAUGUCAUCCCUGUCACAACAGUGUACUUUUAUUUGUCUCGAAGCUUAUACCGGCGUAACGCCAGGAAGAUGUCUCCCAUGAGCAGUGGACAUGGAGAUGAACAACUUUUUUAUUGCUGAUACCUACACUACAUACUCCCUCGUACACUACAUUUUUUUACAACUGCACCAUGUGCAAUCGUAAAGACUAUUUUUGAAGUCAAGAACCUAUUGUAAAAAUGAAACUCGAACUUCAUUUAGCCUCUUCGAGCUCAGCGGCGUCUUUGGGUCUCAGCGAGGAAAAAAAAUCAAAAAAAUAAAAUUCCUAGAAUCAACUGAGCGAUUGUCCAAAUUUACCCAAUUAAUGAUUGCCCUGCCCUGUAACUUGAUUUCUCAAUGACGAUAUGACACAAUUUGUAUAUAGAUAUGGGCUUUUAUCGCUUGCUCGAUGAUUUUGACGUGGUUGACGUUGAAGUCGGCGGUGCAUGUGUUAGCCCCUGCCCUCUGUAAAACCACUGUACUAAGUGAGAUCAUGAUCAUGUGAUGUUGUUGCACGUGCACCAUAAUUGCAUUGCGAUUUAUAACGAAUGUAAAUGUUGUUGAAUGCUUGAAUAACAUGUAAGAAUUUAUCCUUAAGAUUAUUUGCAUUUUGAUGCACCAGAAUAUUACACUAGCAUUGCGUACGUACGCAGCCUCAGCUCUAUGCAAACCAACUUAUCCCUCUGUGGAACUAUCGCUAUCGGCGCAAAAGCGUCAACGAACACGAAUCCACACUAGCUUCUGGCAGUGGUCAUCUUCCACUUGCACCUCGCGGAGAGAAACAUGUGAAUGCAACAUGGACCACGUGGCUCAGUGUCAUGUCGUACUGGUGGUAUUUUGCUUCCUUCAUUUGUGGUCGUCCUGUCGUUUGUGUAGUCCGUAGGCAUCGACAAGAACGCCGUCGCUCGUGCGUAGAAAGAGAAACAAGACAAAAAUAUAAACUUACUUG